AUGACGACGUCAGGCGGUGACAUAUCAGCAAGCGAGCCAUACGCCAAGUAUAAUUGGAUUGACGGGGCCGAGUCUCUCGAGAAAUAUAGACCCGGAGGCUACCAUCCUGUCAUGUUAGGGGAUUUACUACGUGACCGAUAUCGCAUCGUCGACAAGCUCGGGUACGGGGGAUACUCGACCGUUUGGCUCGCCCGCGACACCCACUUGGAGCGCUACGUCGCUGUCAAAGUGGGCAUAGCGAAUUCCCUUCCGCAUGAAACUAAGAUUUUGCGGGCUCUUUCGGCGCCCGCUUCAGUGCCAUCGUCUGUUCGCGCGGGCCUUGACUCCAUCCCAGUACCAUUAGAUGAAUUCGAGGUGACUGGUCCCAACGGGACGCAUCCAUGCUAUACGACGACACCCGCACGAUGCAACCUCAGAGAAGUCUCUUUCAGCCGUCUUUUCCCCCUUGACGUUGCGCGUGCGUUAUCGGGGGGCCUUAUACUAGCUGUCGCUUAUAUGCACUCGCAAGGCUAUGUUCACGGAGAUAUCCAUCUUCGUAACAUCUUGGUGAAGCUACCAGCAAGCUUCGACAGUCUCUCUAUUGAGGAAUUUUACGAACAAUAUGGGAAGCCUGAGACGGUGUCAAUCACACAGCGCAAUGGAGGUUCGCUUCCACCCCAUGUUCCACCGAAGGCAGUGUUACCUCUUUACCUCGGAAAAAAAGCCGAGGAAUUCACAUUGCAAGACGCCCAGGUUCUUUUGAGCGAUUUCGGAGAGGCGUUUUCCCCCGUCUCCUCCCCUCGCUCUGGAGAGUAUUGCCACACCCCUGUGCCUUACUGCCCACCCGAGGCUCUGUUUGAGCCCCAGGCGCCUCUUUCAUACCCUGCAGACGUUUGGAGCUUAGCUACUGCUGUGUGGGAGAUUCUGGGCAUGAAGGCUAUUUUCAGCACCGAGGCACCAGAGGAUGAAGUCACGUCUCAGCAGAUUGAUGUUCUUGGGCCUAUGCCGCAGGCGUGGUAUAGUGCAUGGGAGGAGCGGAGCUAUUUCUUUGGCGAAGAUGGGCGUCCAGUGGAAGGCCGCGAGGUAUGGCCUGUUUUGGACCUCGCAUUUGAGCAGGGAGUGCGGGAGUAUCGACGGCGGGGUGGAGUAGGGGAUUCUGGUGAUGAUGAGACUGCUGCUAUUUUGCAGCUGAUGCGGGGGAUGUUCAGAUUUAAACCGGAAGAGAGACUGACCAUUGAAGAGGUGUUGCAGUCGGAAUGGGUAUCUAAGUGGGUGAUGCCCGAUUAUGAACGUAGUUUGCAAGCAUGUACAUGA